AUGGCCAACUACCUCCCGGUUUUACUCGUCUCGGUGGCGACGAAUGCGACGCCAGACGACUCUGCUCUAUCCACUUUGCCACGGGGUCAGGUUGAUUACUUGAGCCACGACUGGCAAGAAGAGGAUGUCUGGAAAUCGUGGCGCAACAUGACGAGACAAAAGAAUGAGAUUGCGAAUGGGAUGCGUCUAGAGAAUGCCAGCUGGAGAACUUGGUGGAAGCAACGUAAUAAGCUUAAGACGGUGUCCCCAGAGACGCUCAACUGGCUGAAGGAUUCGGAUGUAACCUGGCUCUAUGGCCCACUACAUACCGCGGUAGAAUGGACUCCACCCCCACGCAAGUCGACCGUCACCCCAAAUGAUCAUCUCGACUUGUCUUCACCCAAGCAUAAACCUAUCUUGAAGCACCGUAACCUUAGUGAAUUUCUUACUUCGGAUCUACCCCACAGUCCGGCCUUUAGCCCUUCCGAAAGCGAUAGCGAACAAAGCGCUAACCAGCAACACCGCCACUCGGAAUCUCAAACGGACGUUUCUGCAGGCAAUCAAUCGCGGCCUCCAUUAGGGCACACCAGGUCCGACACCCACAUCGCUCGCUGGGGCCCAGAUCGUGCAUUCCGCAGGGAUUCGCCACCAAGAGUCGACCCGCCCGCAGCCAGCGCUGAAGACCGUACAUCCAGCACAUUACGUUCAUCAAACCACGCCUACAGCGGCACCGACCUCAAUGGGUACUUCCAGGCACAUCUGCGGUCCAGCGAUAAUUCCCCGCUCUCCGGAUCCGAUGCGAACAACAGCACUAACACAAACAGCUCCCUUCAGACUCAGCCAAAGAAGAAGCAUAAGCAUAUCACUUUCAAUACCUUCGUCGAGCAAUGCAUAGCAAUAGAUAAGCCGAAGUCUAACCGAGCUGAGAAGAUCAAGAAGGAUAGUGUUUCGCUACCUACUGGGAGUCGCUCUGGCUGGGAUGGCCGGACAGGAGCGAAGGGUGUCAACUGGCAGAUGAACUACGAAGAUGAUGAUGACGACGACGAGGAGGGUGAUGAAGGAGGGUGA